AUGGGGCCACUUUGUGCAAUGCCACCGCUGCUGCUCCUGCUGCUCCUGGAGCUGCUGCAUGAGGCUGGACAGGGUCCCCCUGAGCCCCCCACCCGCCAGGACUGGGCUCAGCCAUGGGGGUCUCUGUCCCCUGAUGCAGUGUCCUACAUCCUGAGGAUUGAGGGGAGGCCGUACACCAUCCACCUGCAGCAGCAUGCCUUUUUAUCUGAUGACUUCCAGACUUACACAUCCAGCAAGCAGGGAUCUUUGCACUCUGAUUCUGCCCACACUGAGGGAGGCUGCCACUACUGGGGGUACAUUGAUGGCUUCCCCAGCUCGGCAGUGACCCUCAACACCUGCUCAGGGCUCAGGGGUUUGCUGCAGUUUGAGAAUGUGAGCUACGGGAUCGAGCCCCUGGGCUACUCCCCUGCGUUCCAGCACAUGUUGUACCGAGUGAGUGAGGAGCACGUGGCAGAGGCCCUCCCGGCCCACAGCCCCCCUGAGGCAGGGCUCGGCGGGCUGGCAGCCAGGGAGAUGUUGGACAAGGCCCAUGGGGAUGAUGAGCCCCUCUCGGCUGCUGCACAAUCUCCCAAAUACCUCACAGUGUACGUGGUUUUGGACAAGGCUUUGUACAGCUAUAUGGGAUCAGACCCGAAUGCUGCGACGCAGAAGAUAAUCCAGGCCUUCAAUUUAAUCAACAAUAUGUUUAAUCCCCUUAACAUCACCAUUGUGCUGUCCUCCCUGGAGCUGUGGGAAGAGAGGGAUAAAGUAUUGACAGCAGGGGACACAGAUGACCUUCUACAGCGAUUUUUGCAGUGGAAACAGUUGUCUCUGGAGCCACAGGUGCACAACAUUGCUUCUCUCUUAGGAUGCCUCUGUUCCAGGUACAGGGACCAAGGAGCGUUCACGGGCGCAGCGGCUCCAGGAGCGGCAUGUCAGAGAGAUGCUGCUGCCGCAGUGGCCCUGUACCACGGGAACGUGACGCUGGAGUCCUUCUCGGUGCUCCUGGCGCAGGUGCUGGGCCACAGCCUGGGCAUGAGCUCCGACAGCUCCCGAGGCUGCGGCUGCCCCGGGCGCGUCUGCGUCAUGAGCCCUGAGGCACUCCGUUUCAGUGGAGCAAAAGCCUUUAGUAACUGCAGCAUCAGGGACUUUGAGACCUUCCUGAAGCAGGGCAGAGGCGCGUGCCUUUUCGACAGACCCCGCCUGUCCCGCCGGAGCGGGGCCGUGUGCGGCAACGGCGUGGUGGAGCCGGGCGAGCAGUGCGACUGCGGCACAGCCCAGCAAUGCCUGAAGGACAAGUGCUGCACUAGAACAUGUACAUUUAAGCCGAAAGCAAAAUGUUCCUCUGGAUUGUGUUGUAGAAGUUGUCAGUUCAAGAGGAGGAACUCGCUGUGCCGCCCGGCCGCCGAUUUCCAGUGUGACCUGCCCGAGUUCUGCAGCGGCUCCUCCGCCUCCUGCCCCCCCGACCUGUACGUGCAGGAUGGGCACGACUGCGGGCGUGGCACUGGUUACUGCUACCAGGGACGCUGCCAGUCCUUAGACCUGCAGUGCAAGCGGCUCUACGGGAGAGAUUCAAAGAAUGCUCCUGUGGUCUGUUAUGAGGAGAUUAACAGCCAGCGGGACAGGUUUGGGCACUGCGGGUUCAAGAACAGACACGGGUACCGGCCCUGUGCUUGGAGGGACCUCAGGUGUGGGAAGUUAAUCUGCACGUACCCAUCCCAGCAGCCCUUCCCAUCGGCUGCUGCCGCUGUGAUUUACGCCCGAGUGCGGCAUCAUUUGUGUGUGUCUCUGAACUACCUGAAUGUAUCAGCACCGCUGGAUCAGCUUCUGGUUCCUCCAGGGACAAAGUGCGGCUCUGGAAGGGUGUGUAUAAACAACACAUGUCACCCACACUCGGUGCUGGGGUAUAGCUGUGACAGCGAAGCAAAGUGCCACGGCCAUGGCGUGUGCAACAAUAAGGGCAAUUGCCACUGCCACCCGGGCUGGCAGCCUCCUGACUGCCGGAGGAAGGGGUCCCGCCUGGGGGGGAGCACGGACAGCGGCCUCCAGCUGACAGAGGGAGGCCGGCCCCUGCAGCGAGCACUGGAGGAUGGGGAGAUGGCCUGGCUGGUGCUGGGCUCCAGCCUCGUUCUGCUCGUCCUCACCGCGGCCCUCGGCCUCGGCCUGUGGCGGCAGCAGGUGCUGGGCCAGUGCCGCGGGCAGCAGCCACCGGGCACGGAGGGCACCAGCCGGGACAGGGAGCUGGAGCCAGACCUGGAGCUAAAUCUGGAGCCAGACCCAGAGCUGGCCCCAGAGCUGCAGACAGACCUAAAGCUAGAGCCAGACCUGGAGCUGAAGACAGACACGGACCCAACACCGGAGCCAGCGCUGGGCAGCACCAUGGGCACUAAUUAAAGGUGUUGGGCAAAGCUGGUGUCAUGGCCAGUACCCUGUGGUUUUAUGCUUACACCGUUUGUGUUUUUUGCAGAGUUAACCUUGGUCUCGGGGCUGAGGGGCCACAGCUGCUGAGAUCAUCCCCUUUUCUCUGUGGGCACAUGGUGAUGGUUGGGAU